AUGUCUGCAUCGGGUGAAUUUGGUAACCCUUUACGUAAAUUUAAGCUCGUUUUUCUUGGAGAGCAAAGCGUGGGAAAGACCUCGCUGAUCACUAGGUUCAUGUACGACAGUUUCGACAACACUUACCAGGCGACGAUCGGCAUCGACUUCCUGUCGAAGACCAUGUACCUGGAGGACCGCACGGUGCGCCUGCAGCUGUGGGACACGGCGGGCCAGGAGCGGUUCCGCUCCCUCAUACCCUCGUACAUCCGCGACUCCACGGUCGCGGUGGUCGUCUACGACAUCACCAACGCGAACUCCUUCCACCAGACGUCCAAGUGGAUCGACGACGUGCGCACGGAGCGGGGCUCCGACGUGAUCAUCAUGCUGGUGGGCAACAAGACGGACCUGUCGGACAAGAGGCAGGUGUCCACUGAAGACGGGGACCGGAAGGCGCGCGAGCUGAACGUGAUGUUCAUAGAGACCAGCGCCAAGGCGGGCUACAACGUGAAGCAGCUGUUCCGGCGAGUGGCGGCCGCCCUACCCGGCAUGGACUCCGCCGAGAACAAACCGCCCGAAGACAUGCACGAGGUGAUCCUUCGCCAGGCGCCGGGCGACAGCAAGGAGCCGGACAGCGGCUGCGCCUGC